GAGACCAUGAACAACUCCGGAAUAUCUACUGUUACACAAUUUGUCCUGCUGGGCUUCCCUGGUCCCUGGAAAAUGCAGCUCGUCCUUUUCUCAGUGAUUUUGCUGAUCUACCUCCUGACUCUGACUGGAAACAUGGUCAUCAUCUGUGCAGUGAGGUGGGAUCCACGACUCCACACCCCUAUGUACACCCUCCUGGCCAACUUCUCCUUCUUAGAGAUCUGGUACGUGACUUGCACUGUUCCCAAAAUGCUGGUCAAUUUUCUUUCCAAAACCAAAACCAUUUCCUUCUCUGGCUGCUUUACCCAGUUCUACUUCUUCUUUUCCCUGGGAACAACCGAAUGUUUUUUCCUCUGUGUCAUGGCUUAUGAUCGGUACCUGGCCAUCUGCCGCCCACUACACUAUCCCUCCAUCAUGACGGGCAGGCUCUGUGGAAUUCUUGUAUCUCUUUGUUGGGUCUUUGGUUUCCUUGGGCAUUUAAUUUCCAUUUUCUUCAUUUCCCAACUACCUUUCUGUGGUCCUAACAUCAUUGAUCACUUCCUAUGUGAUGUCGACCCAUUGAUGGCCCUGUCCUGUGGUCCUAAACCAAUUAUAGAGCGUGUGUUUCAUUCUGUAAGCUCUCUUAUUAUCAUUCUCACCAUCUUCUACAUCCUUGGGUCCUACACCCUGGUGCUCAGAGCUGUACUUCAAGUCCCUUCUUCUGCUGGUCGGAGAAAGGCCUUCUCCACUUGUGGAUCCCACUUGGUGGUGGUAUCUCUGUUUUAUGGAACUAUAAUGGUGAUGUAUGUGACUCCCACAUCUGGCAAUUCAAUUACUAUGCAGAAGAUCAUCACACUAAUAUACUCUGUAGUGACACCAGUUUUAAACCCUUUCAUCUACAGCCUCCGCAACAAGGACAUGAAAUAUGCCCUCCAACAUGUCUUUUGUGGGAUGAGAAUUACUCAAAAGUCAUGA